AUGGCUACAUCUGUUAUGCCUUGCAAUGAGACGUCCUCGUCAUGCCACCUUACGAAGGCGAGGGGAUCGCACCAGUUCAAGAUCUUCGGGUUCUCUCUAACCGAGUGGAUGGCCUCCCACGAGCACAUUGAAUCUGCGACUUUCAAUGUCGGCGGCUACGACUGGGCCAUUCAAUGCUUUCCUUGUCGCUGGUCACAAAGUAUUGCAAUUUAUGUAAUGCUCAAGAGCAAUGCCACAAAUGUGAAGGCGGUUUGCGAGCUCACGCUGCUGGACCAAAGCGGGAAACCGUCAGCGAUAAAAACUCUACAAAGUAAUCGAACCAUCUUCAACUCCCAGGGUGGACGUGAUCGUUGGGGCUAUGAUUAUUUCAUCAAAAGAUCUGAAUUGGCGAAUUAUACUAAAGAUGACUGUUUUACAGUUCAAUGCACCGUGACUGUUCUAAAACCACUGCACAUGAAACAAGGACGUGCGUGA